AUGGCUGAGCACGGUGGCCUUCAUAGUAUGUGUUUAAAUAAGGUAGACUGUCACAGUUCCUCCACCUUGUCCUCCAGCUCAGAGCAAGAGGGUGAAAUAUUCACCAAGUUGAAAGUCAGUUUGACUGAGGACUAUCCGCAGAAGAAUGCGGAGAUUCUGAGCGGCCAGUAUGGGACUAAUUUACUUUUGAUCGGCGUGUCCUUGAUGCUGGUUAUUGGGAACAAUGGCGCAUCCGUGAAGGAAGAGCACCUGCUGUCGUUUAUCACGACCCUCAUAAUCGUCCAGCUGCUAUGGAUGAUGUGGUACAUCGUGAGGAGAGGCAUGCAGAGUAAUUUACAGGCAGAAAAGGAUGUGCAUGCUACUACCUCGUGGAUAAAAGGUGGUUUAACUCUUCUUGCGCUCCUCUCGUUGAUCAUGGAUGCCUUCAAUAUUGGAUAUUUUGUGGGCUAUCGAUCAUGCCUGUCGGCUGUUCUCGUGGUAUACCCCAUCAUCCACGCAACUCACACAAUGGCACAGGUGCAUUUCCUUUGGUUUCACAUCAAAGACGUCAUCAAGUCCUUUGAGACCUUUGAAAGGUUUGGCGUCAUCCAUGCAGUCUUCACCAACCUGCUGCUGUGGUGCAGCGGUGUGAUGUCUGAGGCCAAUCACUUGCUAAACCACCACAACACAAGGCUGACUGCCCUGGGCUUGGAAAACCUCACCAUGGUGGAUAUGGAACCUCAUUGUAAUUGCACUAUCAGUGCCUGCUCCGUGUUCGUCAACGGCCUCUACUACCUUUAUCCCUUCAACAUUGAGUACCACAUCUUUGUCUCAGUAAUGCUCUUCGUCAUGUGGAAGAACAUAGGGCGCACCAUUGACCUCCAGCACAACCGGAAACGGCUGGCUACCAAGACCCAGGGGCUGGUAGUUGGCCCCAUCCUGGGUCUCGCUGCCCUGGCCAGCACCAUCGGCGUACUGGUGGUAUACAUCAUCCACGUGGAAGAGUCGCUGGACAUCCGGGAGUCAACCAUUGCAAUUUUCUACUACUACGGCAUCGUCAUGCUGGUACUCAUGUGCUCGGCCGGGGUCACGGGUCUGCUCAUCUACCGUGCCGACCCCAUGCCCAUGGACACCACCAAGAACCCCUCGCGGAAGCUGGACACAGAGCUCCUGUUUGGUUCGUCGGUGGGCUCCUGGCUCAUUUCCUGGUGCAGCGUGGUGGCCGUGUCAGCCUCACGCAGCAGCCCGAGCUACCGCUGGACCAACCUGAUGUACUCGCUGCUCAGCAUCCUGGAGAAGUACAUCCAGAACCUGUUCAUCAUUGAGUCCCUCUACCGCCAGCCGGAGGACGCUGAGAGGGAGGACGCUGAGAGGGAGGACGCUGAGGUGGCGGGGCCUGCGCCAGAGAUAUUCUCCAUGACCUCCUCCUUGUCUCCACCCUACAACGGAAUCAUCAACCAGGCGUACGAGAAUCCGGACAACGGCUGCGUCACGCUGGAGAAUGUGCAGAAGGAGAGUGGACAGGUGAAUGGGUGCCCACAGAAACAUUUGGAAGUGCCCCGUCAGGUGGAGAACAACGUGGAGGUGACCCCGAGCAAGAAGAGUCAGAUCCUGAAGAACAUCGCCGUCUUCCUUUUCAUGUGCAACAUCUCACUCUGGAUCCUUCCUGCCUUUGGCUGCAGACCCCAGUAUGACAACGGCCUAGAGGAGGAGACGUUUGGCUUCACCACAUGGACCACAGUUCUCAAUUUCGCCAUGCCGAUUACCCUCUUCUACCGCAUGCACUCUGUGGCCUGCCUCUUCGAAGUGUUCCGGAGAGUGUGACAAGACGAAGAGGGACCAACGAGACAAGGCAACAUGCAUAAGAACACUUGUCACCAAGGGCUCCAUAUAGGCAAUUAAUAGCAAUACAGGUCAACCAUUCAGGAGGCCGUCUUGUCAUGUACUUUGACUUCCAAACAAGCAUGGAAACACA